AGAACAAGGUUUCUUUCAGUUACUCCGGGAGGAUUGAUCUUUUUCUCUUUUUUUAUUUUGCCUCCGUUCUUUUGUUUUUCCACAUGGAGGAAAGUUUCAUCCUGCACUGAAAUGAAAAAAAAGGUGUGAAGGUUUAAGCCAGCACAGAAGUACAGGUGAGGCGAAGCGUGGUGAUGGAGAGGGUGGCGGGAAACGCCAGCGCGCUGGAGGGGUCGGCGCACUGCGGGGAGCAGGGGAACCUGAGCGCGGAGGUUGGCGACUACAACGCAAGCUGCAGCAACGGCUCCAUCCUGACAAGACCGCCAGUCAGAGCCCGAGAGAUGGACUCGUUUCGCAUCCUGCUCUACUCGCUCAUUUUCCUUCUCAGCGUCUUCGGGAACCUGCUGAUCAUUGUGGUGCUGACACUGAACAAACGCAUGCGGACAGUCACUAACUCCUUCCUGCUGUCCCUCGCGGUCAGCGACCUGAUGAUGGCCGUCUUCUGCAUGCCCUUCACGCUCAUCCCCAACAUACUCAAGGACUUCAUCUUUGGAGCAACAAUGUGCAAGAUUGUCACCUACUUGAUGGGGGUUUCUGUCAGCAUCUCCACCUUUAGCCUUGUGGCCAUUGCGAUCGAGCGAUACAGCGCCAUCUGUAACCCGCUGCAAUCCCGCGCCUGGCAGACCCGUUCCCACGCCUACCGUGUCAUCGCCGCCACCUGGGUCAUAUCACUGCUAAUCAUGGUGCCAUAUCCGUUCUUCAGUGCCCUCAAGUCUUUCCCAAAGACCAACGGCACCAUGGGGCACAUGUGUCGCUUGGACUGGCCCAGUCAGCAAGCUGAGCAGACCUGGUACGUGCUGCUGCUGUUCACCCUGUUCUUCGUCCCGGGAGUGGUGAUGAUUACAGCUUACGGCCUGAUUUCCAGAGAGCUUUACCGAGGCAUUCAGUUUGAGCUGAGCCAGAACAAGGAGACCACUGGUCAGAAGAAUGGUGUGAUGGGGUCAAAUGACGAUGACGGCUGCUACAUUCAAGUUUCCAAAAAGCCCUCGUUUGCUGUGGAGCUUCCCACGCUCUCCGCAACGUCCAGCGCCAUUCAGGCCAAGACCGAGCGCGCCCGUAGUAACACCUCAGAGGCCAAACUCCAAGCCAAGAGGCGAGUCAUCCGCAUGCUGAUGGUGAUCGUAGCUCUCUACUUCGUUUGCUGGAUGCCUUUGUACUCGGUCAACACAUGGAAGGCCUUCGAUGACAAGUCUGCCUCCAAAACCCUGUCAGGAGCUCCCAUCUCUUUCAUCCACCUGCUGUCCUACACCUCCGCCUGCGUCAACCCAAUCAUUUACUGCUUCAUGAACACGCGUUUCCGUAAAGCCCUGCUGUCCACCUUCGCCUGCUGCUGCCGCAACCGCCUGUGCCGUUUGUGCUGGUGGCGCAGGAGGAGGGAGGGUGAGGACGGCAUCAACGCCGCCUCCAUGGCCACCUCCAUGGUGACCUCAAUGUCCAAGUUCAGCUACACCACCGUCAGCAGCGCUGGCACCUGCUGAACCCCUAGGAGGCUCGGGUGCUCUCAUCAUUGGCUGUCAGCAGCCGUCAUGUUGUGCGCCAUCUGUUUUCACCCCAACUUCAAUUUCUCACUCCUAAUAAAUUUUGAGUCAUGCGCUGAGUGAGAUCCUUCCUAAAAGGUCUAGUUCAAAUUUGAUGUGCAAGGUGGAAAAAAAUAACCUGCUGCUUGAGUUUAGUGACAUUCCUACAGUGGUAAUCAUUGGCAGCAACUACUUUAUUGCAACCUGGAGAAAACAUCAAGUGCCUGUGCGCCUCGUGUAGCUUUGUUAUUAUUCUGUGUUUUCCUUAUGAUACGAGUAGUAUACAUAAAUACCAGCUUCUAUUGUUGUAACUAUUGGUAAAUGUUUUGAUAAAACCAUGCGACAGGAUUAUUUUUAAUUUUGUUCCUUCUUUUGGUUUACUGGUUUUCACAAAGAGUCAGAAAAAAGUGGGGGGGAAAUGAAAGAAGGCUAAAAAGUGUUUUAAUUAUAGAGGAGAUUGGGGCUAUUGCAUGUAACAUUCUCAUUUUCCUUUUAACAACUUGAUAAAACUUGCCUGAAUGUGAUUUUUUCCCCCCUAAUCUCAAAGACAGUCGUUCUUUCCUUUCCAAAGAUUUCUACGAGGUCAAAACAUCACAAGAGCACCUCUGUUCUGUAUGUUAGUCCACCUGCUGUCCAAUCCAUGUCAUUAAUAUUAUUUGUGGUCCUUCAUUCGGCUGUCAAAAAGAUCGAUAUCUGACAUUUUGGGAGCCAGGGCGGGGUGACGGCGGAGAAUCCCAGGAGAAUGUUCCGAAUGAUGAAUUGAGGUUGGCUACUUUCGGUCAUUUAACUUUUCAUUUAACGCUGCUUUGACCAGAAGUCAAGAGACUGGCCAAACUAGGGCUGGAGAUUCUGUUGGAUGGGACCAAUUCAGUAAAGUUAUGUGAUAUAUGAGGCAAAAGCUGUGAAGAUCAAGGGUAGCUCAAAGCAGUGACUAAAAGUGAGACUUACAGCGAGUCAAGGGUCUGACUUCUUGGACAACGUCUACGUUGUCCAUAGUCCAGGUCUAAACGAAGGAGCCACAUUUUCAAGCACUUUACCAAUAAACACAAUCAACUUUGAUUAGUGGUGCACGCUUGUUAAAAAACUCGUUUUCACCUUUGCAAACUGCGCCAGGGCACAUUUCAUUUGAUCAUAUCCAAGCAUGGAAUGAAGACGAGACAACAGACAAAUGCACCAUCCUUGGGGGUCAAAGGUCAGAAGAGGAUUUAUCAUAAUGCCAAAGUUGGAAUGAAAAUGAAUGAAAAGUAUGUAUGCAAAGGGUUGUAACUGAAUCUGAAACUCAAGGACAGAUUAAUCUUAAUCUUAAUUAAUCUUAACCUUGAUUUUAAAAACCUAAUCAGGAAUGUAGAGAUUUAUUAUAGCUUCAAUCAGGAAAAUCUUUAACUUUUAGGGUCGGCAGCUAAAAUAAAGUUGUUUUUUUUAGCAGUAUGGGGUACGUCUGGUUCUGGUCGAGGACUUCCGGUUGUGGACGUUGACGUCUGCAGGCAAGUCUUGUAGUUUUUUCCCCCUUUAGUUCCAUAUAGCAGACAGAGGAAGGUAUUGAACCAUGGCACACUCAAGACGAUAUAAACUCAAAUUCAGCUAUUUCUGUGCUAUGUAGAAUCCACAGUGCCAUCUGAUCUUUGGUGGUGCUAAUUGAAAGGAACAAAACUGUUGACAGAGGUCUGGUGCAAGGCAACAAUCACCAUUUUUUUCCCUGGAGGUCAAAUGCAGAAAGGUUGGGUCACAUGUAAGCUAGAGAGCAAAAAAAGAAGUUUGUAUUAGUCCUUAGAGCAUGCUUUGCGUUACCUAGCCAAUUAUCGGAUUUGUAACUUGUAACAAAUAUGGCGAAGCCUUAGCAGAACUGAUUUCCUUCCAUAUGCUUCAGUAGCUCUGACUUGUGAAAACGGCUUUGCUUGAAAGAACCAUCAAGGACAAGACCAUGGCACAUUGUUGAAAGAUUCAUUUUUGAAAUUCUAAACCUUCAGUUAAAGAAAUAUACUCAAUGGUAAACAGACCUUGCAGAUUAAAAAAAGAAAGAAAAAAAAGUGAUGUAUAAAGAACAUGACACACAUCAUGAAAACUUAAUAGAAUAUCUACUUGGAAAAUGUGCGUCGAUACUUCUUUGUUGUUUAAUGUUGUGUAUUUGCUCAAGGUGUCAUGUCCUUGAAAGAAAACUGUAAUGAAAAUGAAACCGUGAAAAUAAUAAUAAUAAAAAAACACAACUAAAUUGGAAUCCA